AUUGUGCGACUAUAAAAAUUUUUUGUCAACGAUUUCAACAUGACAAACACGCCUUAGACGAGAAUAUUUGUAUCGAAAAAGGAAAUCGAAUACCCCAUGAAUUACGUUAUGAAGCCGCUAAGCUUCAAAAAGAUCUCAAUUUCGACGAAGCACAAACAGAGCCAUCUUCACAUAUUGAUGAUGAGUAUGCUCGAGCUGGAAUACAUGAUCCUAAAGUACUCAUCACAACUUCACGUGAUCCGAGUAGCAGGCUCGCUCAAUUUGCAAAGGAAAUACGUUUAAUUAUUCCAAAUUCACAACGUAUAAACCGUGGUAAUUAUGUUAUUAAAGAUAUGGUCGAUGCCUGCAGAGCCAACGAAGUCACCGAUCUAAUAAUAUUACAUGAACAUCGUGGCGAACCAGAUGGAAUGGUGAUAUGUCACUUUCCUUAUGGACCCACCGCGUAUUUUUCUCUUCAUAAUGUUGUUCUUCGUCAUGAUAUUCAAGAUGAAGGCACUGUUUCACAAGGAAGACGAAAUAAUCCAUGCCAAAUGAAAUCAAGACAGACACUCCUUGAGCUUCGCUAUCUUCAAACCUGA